UAGUCUACAUGGGGUCGCCAUCUUGCAAAUCAAAGCCAUUUUAAUUUUACUACUGCUAGUGCGUUAGUUAACCCAAAGAAAAGGUAUUGGUAUAUUUCAUUUUCAUUUCCCUUGUCCCUCUUCUUCCAUUGUCACCAAACCAAAAUCGUUAGCCAUGGCCUCCAUGAUCUGCCGCAUUGGCUUCGUGCUCCUAUCGCUCGGCCUCCUCCUCGUCGCCUGCCUCCAAGCGGCCCAAGGAUCCAGCAGCAUGGAGUUGGGCGGCAGCCGACGGAGGUCGUCGUCGGAGUACUACGUGCCGGUGCGGAGCGUGGUGUACCGGUCGGUGUCGUCGCUGCCGGCGGCGGCGACGAUGACAGAGCUCGAGGCGUACGAUCCGUUCGAGCUGUGCGACGGGUGCCGGUGCUGCGCGGCGUCGAACACGAGCAGCUGCGUGGACACCAGCUGCUGCUACGCCAUCGACUGCAACCUCCCCGGCAAGCCCUUCGGCGUCUGCGCCUUCACGCCCCGCACCUGCGGCUGCGGCACCGGCAACUGCACCCAGCCAUCGUGAUCCAUCCAUCCAUCCAUCCAUGAACUCACUUGCUUGAUUAGGUUCCUGCAUGCAUGACCUCAUCUGAUUAUUGACCAUCCAUGGACAUGCAUGAGUCCAAAUUCAAUGGUUUGACGAUAUGAUGCGAUUGCAAAUUAACAUACAUACCGAAUAGUUUGAUUUCUUUUGUGUUCGUUCA